AUGGAGCUCUCAAAGAACAUGCCGACGGAGACUCAGCUUCUCAAAAACAAGAUCUCGGAGAUACUGUACUGGCCAAAGAGGAUCGACUGGAUCAAUGUCAUCUUCCUCAUUGCGUUGCCAGUGUGGGCAGCAUACCAAGCUUUGUACACACCUCUACGACUCAACACCUUCCUGUUAUCGGUGUUCUUCUACUCCUUUACAGGAAUCAGUGUCACGGCUGGAUAUCACAGACUGUGGUCUCACACUUCUUACUCCGCAUCAUGGCCUCUCCGCCUGACAUUCGCACUCGGGGGUGCUGCAGCAUUCCAACACUCGAUCAGAUGGUGGGCAACGAAGCACCGUGCCCAUCAUCGCUUCACAGACACGAGCAAAGAUCCAUAUGCCGCUCAUCUAGGAUUCUGGCAUGCUCAUAUGGGUUGGCUCGUCUUUAAGCAAGAUCAGAAAAUCAUCGGCCGCGUCAACGUAUACGACCUAGAUCAAGACAGAAUUGUAAUGUGGCAACACAAGUACCUUCUUCCACUCCAGCUACUCCUUGGCUAUAUGCUUCCCAUCAGCAUCGCCCACUACUGCUGGAAUGACAUCCGCGGCGGUCUCAUCUACGCCUCCGUCCUCCGCAUCUUUCUCGCCCACCAAGCAACCUUUUUUGUAAACUCACUCGCCCAUUACAUUGGCGACAAACCCUUUGACGAUCGCCAUACUCCUUGCGAUUCGCUGAUUACCGCCCUCUUCACUUUCGGCGAAGGAUAUCACAAUUUCCACCAUACCUUCCCUAACGACUUUAGGAACGCGAUUGAAUGGUGGCAGUAUGAUCCAUGUAAGUGGUUGAUUUCUGGAUGGAAGUCGGCAGGUUUGGCCUGGGAUCUGAAGAGUUUCCAAUACGGAGAGAUUGAAAAGAGAAGGGUACAGCAGGCGAGAAAGAUGCUGGACAAGAGGGCAGGGGUGCUGGAUUGGGGUGUACCAAUUGAGACAUUACCAGUCAUUGAGUGGAGUGAAUUUUUGAGGUUGGCGAAAGACGAAGGGAGGUCUUUGGUGGUCAUUGCGGGUGUGGUGCAUGACGUUGAGGAAUUCCUGGAUGAGCAUCCUGGAGGAAAAUUUUUCGUCAAGUCGGCGAUCGGAAAGGAUGCGACAGCCACAUUCAAUGGAGGUGUGUACUCGCAUAGCCUUACAGCCACCAACUUGUUAGCGACGAUGCGAGUCGCUGUCAUCAGAGGUGGUGGCGAGGUCGAGAGCUUCAAGUGA